AUGAUCGAUCAAGUUAUUUUCGAGGAUCUCCAAACCAAGAUUGACGAGGAGAGCGCCGUUCGUGAUUCGCUUCACGAGAUUGUUCAAAGUCUUUCGAGAAAAGGACGAUCAACUCAAGCUACUCUCUCGCGGGCGCAUUCUACCCCAAGCGAUCAACUCAAGAGCUUGCUCGAAGAUGCAACUGUCGAGAUAUUGGCCCAGAAGCAAGAAGUUGCUCGCCUGAAGGCUGUGGCUGACAAGCACCCCUUCUACAAGUAUAACGGCCUGUGGACACGAGAGCUCCAGAACCUGGUUGCCUCAAUUGAGCUGUGUGCAUGGCUCGGUGGAUUGCAGGAGCACAAAGGACCCAGCUCGACCUCAUUCAUGACAAUCGAGGACGUGGGCAAGUUCCUCGAAAUCCCCGUCAACUUGAAGGAAGAAGAUGCCUUCCACCUCACAAUUGAAGAGUAUCUUCUAGCUCUGAUUUCCAUGGUCGAGGAACUGGCACGACUUGCUGUCAACUCGGUCACCUUGGGUGACUUCGACCGUCCUCUCCAGAUUAGCAACUUCAUUAAGGAGCUCUUUGCUGGAUUCCAGCUGCUCAAUUUGAAGAAUGACAUUCUUCGCAAGCGCAGCGAUGGUAUCAAGUACAGCGUGAAGAAGGUCGAAGAUGUGGUUUACGAUCUUUCGUUGCGCAACCUAAUUCCUAAGGGUGCUACUGCUUAA